UCGCAGCGGCGCGUCACCGGGCGGGGCUGGGCCGGGCCGAAAGGAUGUUUCGGACGGUCGGCACUUGGUUCGGGCUGGAGGAGCCGCUGCCGCCGCCUCCGUCGCCGCCACUGAGCGACCCCGGAGAGGGGACGGCGGCCGGAGAUGCGGCCCCGGAAGCGACGAGCCAGGUCAAGGGGCUGAGCGAUUAUCUGUUCAGUUUUGCCACUGCAGCUACAAAAAAGAUAUCAGAAUCAGUGGUUGAGACUGCACAAACUAUAAAGAAAUCUGUGGAAGAAGGAAACAUUGAUGGUGUGAUUGACAAGACAAUCAUUGGAGAUUUUCAAAAGGAACAAGACAAGUUUGUGCAAGAAAAGCUGGUAAAGAAAACAGAUGCUGCAGUACCUCCUUGGGUUGGAUACAGUGAGGAAGAAACUAUUCAGCAACAAAUCUUAGCAUUAUCAGCGGAGAGAAGAAACUUUCUUCGAGAUCCUCCAGCAGGAGUGCAAUUUAAUUUUGACUUUGAUCAAAUGUUUCCUGUUGCUGUUGUAAUGCUUCAGGAAGAUGAACUCCUGAACAGAAUGCGAUUUGAUCUUGUUCCAAAGCUUGUGAAGGAAGAAGUGUUUUGGAGAAACUACUUUUACAGAGUGUCACUUAUCAAACAAUCAGCACAGCUUACUGCUUUAGCUGCUCAACAACAGGCAGUUGACCAAGAGGAGAGGGAAGAUAGCAACGCAGAUGAUUCUCAUUUGACAGAAACAAUGCGGUCAAAAACACCACCAGUUCCAAUCAAAACUCAAGCAGAAUCUCAAGAGGAGGAGGAGGAAGAAAUUUCUACAAGUCCAGGUACUACCGAAUUUAUUAGUGAUGCAUACGAAGGAUGCAAUUUGAACCAAGAGAAUUUACGGAAAGAAAUUAAACAGCUGGUGUUGGAUAAAAAGGAUGAUGAUUCAAAAGAAGCAUCUGCUGACUGGGAGAGAGAACUGCAGCAGGAACUUCAAGAUUUUGAAGUAGUGGUUGAGACAGAAAAAGCAGAUGAAAAUUGGGAUAAGGAAAUUGAAGAACUAUUACAAGCUGAGGAUUGAACUGAACAAUGGUGCUCACCGAUACUUUCACCGGCACACAACUCAACGGGACCAGCAUGAUUCUUGAAUUUUCUUCACACGGUCACCUGAACAGAUAACUUUUUUAGUUUGUGAGUAUUAUUCUGAAUAAAAUGGGAUGAAUGAUUCAUCCAUAAUUCAGAGUAAUUUACCUCUUUAUGCUCUCAAGGCAGGUGAGAAAAGUUGUAUUUCUAAUUACAGGGAUUUAUGCUUUCUGUGUUUAUAUCUACCAUUAAUACUACUUAUUGCAUUCAAUACAGGUGUUAUAGUGAUUUAUAGGUGAAUAUUGCAACAAGCAGAUAUUUUGUGUUCUGAUUAGUUAAUUGUAGUGUACACCAGAGAUCAAUAAAACUUCUAAGUGCUUCAUGUGAAUAAGGGUUUUCAUUACACCAUGGUGUAUGUGAGAAUGAACUAAUAUGAAUACAAAAUAUUUGUCUGGUUCAAAUAUAUUUAUGAUAGGGGUGCAAUUUUUUUUUUGUUCAGUUAACAGUUAGAUAGCUUCCUUAAGUUAGUUAUGGAUCUAAUAAAAGUUUAACUGAACUGAAUUAAAAAUGGUUUGUGGGAAAUAGUGACGGAUUUUAAUUUUUUUCAGACCUAUAAAUCAGAUUAGUUCAGAAAUAAUCCAAAAAUGAUUGUCAUGCGUAUAGAUUAAUAAUUUUCGUUUUUCUGAAGUAAAAUCUAAUGAACUGCAAUUGUUCCAUAAUUCGUGUGUUUUCAAAUAAACAUAAUCUCUUGAUUUUUAUGGGAUUUUUUUGAAAAUUGUGUUUGGAUGCAUUUCUUUAAAAUUCACACAACAUUGUGGAAAAUUGCAUAAUGUAUGUAAUUUCAUUUUUGCCAAAAAAUAUUUGUCACACUUGCAAGGCUGGAAAUGUAGAAAUAUUUAUAAUUUUGCUUUGCUAUUUAUAUUUUUGUGAAAUUUAAAUCCUGUAUUUGUAUUAAUUCUGAAAGCUAUUAAUGAUUAAAAACACUUGUAUUUUCAUAAUAGUUCCCCUACUCUAACAUUUAUGUGGUUUAAACAUUCUAGCCCAAGUCAUCAUUUUUCUCUUAAUUAUCAUUUGUUAACAUGUUCUUGGCCAACCUGUCAUCUUCGUGAUGAACAACAGAAAAAGUUGGUAAAUUGUUUGUUGCGAUUUGGAUAUUGUCAUUUGCAUUGCAUUCCAGCUGGAUUCAUAACUCGCCUAAAAAUGAGGUCUUUGGGUGUUUCUGUAAAAUGCACUUUGUUUCAUCACAACACAAGGCUUGGAUAAAAAUUUGAUUUGCUAUUAAGUUGUACAAAGUUUCAUUUCCAAGCUAAGUGUAACCAUGGAUGCUUAAUAAAAAGUUUUCUUUAGAUUCA